UUCGCACACGUGGAAGAAGAACGGAGAGAUGGACGUGGAUUUAGAGGCCGUCCUGGAAGCGAAGAAGGCCCAAUACAAGAGCAUAGAAGUGCGCAAGGACGUCGAGUUACAGUAUGACGUAGGGAACCUGCUAGCCACGGAUCUGAACCCCUUGGACCACCAUGCUAUGAAGAGUAGGCGAGAUGAGUACCUGAAAGGGUUGGCUAGAGAUAAUACACAGCUUCUUAUAAACAAAAUAUGGCAGCUUCCAGUUGAAAAGGCCGAUGGGAUGAUUUUAGUGGAGCUCCCCACACCAUCCACAGUUCUGCCCAGAGAGAAACCAAUUCCGAAACCGAAAGGCCUAACAGCGUGGGAGACGUUUGCAAAAGCAAAGGGCAUCAAAAACAGGAAGAGAUCGCGAAUGGUGUUUGAUGAAUCUGGCCAGGAGUGGAAGCCGAGAUGGGGGUACAAGAGGGUUGAUGACCCAAAGGACAAGUGGAUGAUUGAAAUACCAGAUAGAGCGGAUCCUUACGAAGACUAUUUCGAGAAGCAAGCGGAGGAGAAGAAGGAGAAAAUCGCAAAGAAUGAAUACAAGCGGCUCAAAAACAUUUCCAGAACUCAGAAAGGUGGCAGAUUAAAAGCUCCACUACCACCACCUCUGACAAAGGACAUGUCCAAGUAUCAAGUGAGACCUGAGGUCACUGCUAACGAGUGUAUAUUAUCAGGGCAUCCCCCCACUAGCUGACGCAUGCUCUGGGAAAAGCAAAGGAGGCCACUGCCUCAAUCGGAAAGUUUACAAAAUCGCUGCCAGAUGAGCCGGUUCCAAAGAGAGCUAAGAAAACACAAGUGGGUCCAGUGGCAGGAGAUAUGGCGGCCGAGAGAAAGAAGAAUCUUGAAAUCCUGUCGUCUGUGACCAAGAGAAAGGAAGUCGUGGAUGCAGAGAAAGCUGCUAAUCGGCACAUGGCCCAGGAACAGAGAAGCAAGAGACAAAAACAGCAAAGUGAGGGAGUGUUCUCUAAGGGGAUCAAACCAAAGAAGACACAGCCAAAGAACAGAGGGAGAGGGAGAGGAGGCAAAAACCGUAAAUAGAUGUCUAUGUUAACCAUUAUUUUUAUGUCUUAUGGAUAAAAAUUGAGAUUCUGAUUUCUGAUUUGUGUGUGUAGUCGUGGGUCCAUGAUGUGAUGUGUGUGUGUGGUGAUGGGUGUGUCAUCUGGAGAAGGUGGGGGAAUGAAUACUGAGUCUGGCGGCAGAGAGCAUUCUCUGCAGGGACUGAAGUACAUCACGACCAGCCAUGUCUUCCUGUGGACGUUGAAUAAAAAAACGUUAGGAUCAAUUAGUAGCGUAUUCCGUGUCAGACCAUUGCAGCAGUGU